AUGUAUUUUUCCCUGGAAGACAUCACAGUUUGUAGAUCCCUUUUACGAGGAGACAAAACAAAACAAAAACAAAAUGUUCCUUUAGCAGAUACUAUAUCAACCAAACCAAAUAUAUCUGAUGAGACAAAGGACGCAUCAUUGUCGACCAGCAAAGAAGAGUUGAAACAUAAAUCGAAUGAAUCACAAACAUGCGAUGCCACAUCAACCAAACCAAAUAUAUCUGAUGAGACAAAGUACGCAGCAUUGUCGACCAGCAAAGAAGAGCUGAAACAUAAAUCGAAUGAAUCACAAACAUGCGAUGCCACAUCAACCAAACCAAAUAUAUCAGAUGAGACACAGGACGCAUCAUUGUCGACAAGCAAAGAAGAGCUGAAACAUAAAUCGAAUGAAUCACAAUCAUGCGACGACACAUCAUCUACUGAACGAUUCGUGACAGAAUCUGUGAAAGCAAAAACGCUGCCCGAGCCUCAGUUUCAAACCGUACCUGGUUGUGCUAAUAGUUUGGCAAUAAGUAUGGAAAAGAAACUACCAGGUCAUGUUGCAGGACAGAAAUCAGAAAGAGUAGACACCGAUUACUUAUACGAGGCAAAUGAACAAGGCGUACUCCGUAGUUCAGAAAGGCAAUCAGUUAUAUUUGAUUUUGAUGGGGAAAGUUCAGACACAAGGAACGAUCUACUCGACCUAGAUUAUACACCUGAAAACCAAACUUCGGAUGUAACAAAAUACAGAGAAAUCCAUGAAGCUUCGUUUGAUGAAUACAAACCAAUGGAAGAUUCUCUUGAUGCUUCUCUGAAAUCAGGGUUCACUGGUGAUUUGCAUAUUGAAACUGUUACUAAACCUGGAAUUAUAGCACAUCUGAAACGUGUGUUUGGCAUUACCAAACAAGUCAAAGAAGUUAAAGUGUCAAUCACAAAGGAAAGCUUCUUAGAGAAGUCUUCUAAAGUUGGAAAAAAAAAGCUACACUACAGAAAGAUAGCACCUAUAAUUAUAUGGGAUUUUGGAGGGCAGGAUGUUUUCUAUUCAACUCAUCAGACAUUUCUAACAUACAGAGCUAUUUACAUACUUGUAUUGGAUGGGAGUAGACAACUUGAUGAUCCCUGUCCGUAUGAACAAUACCUUCCAGGGAAAAGUGGACAUAAAACCUCAAGAGAUUAUCUCCUAUUCUGGAUCAACACCAUUGUAACGUACUGUAAAGGAAGUAUCCAGGGGUUUCCUAAAAUUCUGGUGGUUUUAACGCACAAAGAUCAGGUAAACGCUAAUGAAGUUGAACAAAGACGAAAUGACAUAUUUGAAGAAAUCUACAAGAUGUUCAACGAAGAUCCAUUAAUUCAACAAUUGGUUAUCAGUGAUAAAAUAUUUGUAAAUGCUAAAGACAAACAUGACCCUGAAAUGGCGAAGAUAAAGGUCGCUAUCAUCAGGGAAUCAGAGAGACAACCAACAUGGGGUGAACCCCUUCCAAAAUGCUUUAUCCCUUUAGAGUUAGAAUUUGCAUCGUUGAUCAAACGCAACAUCCAUCUAAUUACACUAGAGCAUCUAGAGAAAAUAAACUCAUUGCAACCUAUUAGGCCGUUGUCAGAAGUUGAGUUGAAGGUGUUUCUGAAAUUUCAACAUUCAAUUGGCAAGUUGUUGUACUUCGAUGAACAUAAAUUGGACGACCGAAUUAUUUUGUCUCCCACUCUUCUCAUCGAAGCAUUUAAAUCAAUUGUUACAGAUAGGCAAUUUUGUGAAGGCGACAAGAAAAGAGAAGAAAUAUGGGAUGCAAUGGGCAAGUCAGGGGUGGUAUCAAAACAAGCAAUAGAAGGCGUUUGGAAGGGAAAGAAAUAUGUAAAAUUUUACCAAGACAAAGAUUAUCUAUUAAAUGUUAUGACCCAUCUCGAUAUAUUGGUUGAACCGAUGAGAUACAAUUCUAACCGAAUGCGUAUCCCUGCUGAUUUUUACUAUGUUGCUAGUAUGGUACGAGCUAAAGAUGAUUCUGGAUACCUGCAGUCAGCUGGCUUCACGCACAGGAGUAUUGCCCUAGCUUUUCAAACAUCAUCAUUUAUGAUACCUCCUGCAUUAUCCUUCAGAUUUAUAAGCUACUGCCUUUAUGUCUGGGCAGUGAAAACAUACGGGCAGUCCAACAAGGACAUGUUAUUCCAUAGAUCGGGGGUAUUCACCAUUGAUCCAUGUCUGGAUAUGUAUAUUGCCUGUGAAGAUGAGAUAAUCAUUGCUCGUCUUGUUCAUGCCACUUCAAACACACUAAUAGCGAGAGAUGUAGCUUCCAGCAUCUGUGAAUGUCUUGCAUCAGCCUUAGAGAAAAUAAGUGAUCUCUAUAUUAGAACAAGUAGCGAUCAGACUCAAAUCAAUGAUACAUCUUUUGUGACAAGAAUAUGUUGUAACUCACCAUAUAAACCAUGCUUCCUGCAAGUUAACGAUCUUACUGACAAAGACCAAUUGUGGAUAUGUCCUUCGCAUGAUAUUGAACAUAGCAUACACACAAUCAUGUCAUGGAUUGCAGAAAAGGAUGAAGUGAAGUGUAAACCAGGGUGCACAGUUACUAAAGAAGACUUCAUGAGAGCGACACCCUCAGACUUACACUUACGUCGCCUGUCGUUAUUCUUCAGUCCAUUUGAUGCUAAAGAGAUGGCAAUACAUCUUGGAUUGUCGAACAUGGAAGUUGAAACCAUAUUGGAAACUGAAGAUCCAAAGACUGCAUGCUUUGAAAUAUUAAGACAAUGUCGAGAUAGCUUGGUGGUGACAUUUGAAGACGUCAAAUCAGCGUUACAGAAAAUAGGAAAAAGAAGUAUCCACAUACUUUGCAAGCUUGUGAAAGGCAAGCCUAUUUAUUUUGACAUGGAACCUGAGAAGUGGGAUCAGGUACCUACAGCAGAACACAUUGACCGAUUGGCUCCAUUGGUAGGAAAUAACUCCCUCCCGUUCCUAAUAGAGCUUGGAAUGGACUUUAAUAUCUGGGAACAGAUCAGCCACAGACAAAAUGAAAAAGAUUUGGUUAGACUGAACCGGGAGAUCUUAGAAGAUUGGAGAUUCAAGUUUUGUAGGAUGCACAAUCUGAAACCAACCUUGCGAGAAAUCGCACGUGCAUUCAGUAACAUUGGAAAAAAUGUAAAAAUCGUUGACAACACAUUAUCAGAUUUAUUUUAA